AUGGAUUCUGAAAAGAAUGGAAUCAAAUUCCGAGUCAAUGAUGAGGAAGUUACUUUCCAGGCUAGUAAGGGGAUGAAGUUACCGAGUGCUUACGAAAGCAUUUCGGUUAUUGAUUCUGAUGUUAUUGAUGAAGCUAUUGAAUUCAAGAUAGAAGAGGAAUGUUUGGGCGAAGCUCUUGCUGCUAUUUUGGUGAACUUUGAUGCCGAUGACAUGGAAUGUUAUGUGGAGAUUGUUAACUCACUUGUAGGGUUGGGUUCUUACUCAUACCAACCAAAGAAUUUAGAUCUUGAUCUUGAGCAUAGAACGACUCCUCCAACAAAGCCAUCCAUUGUUGAGCCGCCUAAGCUUGAGCUUAAGAAACUUCCUUCACAUCUGAGGCGUGCUAUAGGUUGGACGAUUGAAGACAUUCGGGGAAUUCCCUCCGGUAUAUGCGAGCAUAAAAUCCAGUUUGAGGAAGAUAGCUCACCAAAUAGCAAGUGGGUGAGCCCAGUACAAUGUGUUCCGAAGAAGGGAGGCAUCACAGUGGUGCCUAAUGCUAAAAACGAGUUGAUUCUGACUUGGACUGUUACUGGGUUGCAUAUGCUUGAUCGGCUGGCUGGAAGGUCUUGCUAUUGCUUUUUAGACGGGUAUUCUGACUAUAACCAGAUUAAUAUUGCUCUUGAAGACCAUGAGACGACGAAUUUCACUUGUCCUUAUAGGACUUUUGCUUUUAGCAGGAUGCCUUUUGGUCUUUGCAAUGCAUCGGCUACAUUUCAGACGUGCAUGAUGUCGAUCUUCUCAGAUAUAGUUGAGGACUUCUUGGAGGCUAAGUUCAAGUUUGAUGAGAAGUACCGCAAGGCAUUUGAUGAGUUGAAGGAGCACUUGACUUCUGCUCUUAUUAUCAUAUCUCCUGAUUGGUCUCUACCAUUUGAGUUGAUGUGUGAUGCGAGUGGUUUUUCUAUUGGUGUUGUGCUUGGGUCCAAAGUGGUGGUUUAUACUGGUCAUGUUGCGUUGAGGUAUCUGAUGGCGAAGAAGGAGGAGAAACCGCGGUUGAUUAGAUGGGUCCUAUUGUUGCAAGAAUUUUAUUUUAAGGUGAAAAAUCGAAAGGGAUCCGAAAACCAGGCUGCAGACCGUCUCUCACUGCUUGAAGAAGCUAGGGGACCUUCAGAGGAGCUUGAUAUAGAUGAUGCCUUCCUAGAUAAGAGGGUUCUAGCGGUGUCAUUCAAGGUGGCACCAUGGUAUGCAGAUAUCGCCAACUUUUUGGUGACAGGCAUUAUUCCAGAUGAAAUCAAGGCGUACCAGAAGAAGAAGAAGUUCUUAAGAGAUUCUUGUCAAUACUACUGGGAGGAGCCAUACUUAUUCCUGACAUGCGCUGAUAACAUCAUUCGGUGUUGUGUCCUAGAGUCCGAGGUGAUGGAGAUUUUGAAAGCUUUCCAUGACGCUCCUGAUAAGGGUCAUCAUAGUGGAACCCGGACUGCAGCCAAGGUUCUUGAAUGUGGGUAUUACUGGCCCACUCUUUUCCAUGAUGCAAACUUAUUGGAGGUAAGAGAUGCCUAUGAAUUUCGUGAUGGAGGUCGAACUGUUCGAUGUUUGGGGGAUUUAUUUUAUGGGUCCCUUUGUGAGCUCUUGUGGUAUGAAGCACAUCUUGGUAGUGUAGAUUACGUGUCAAAAUGGGUAGAAGCAGUGGCUUUACCCAACAAUGAAGCCAAGAGUGUAAUGGGGUUCCUGAAGAAAAACAUCUUUAAUCAUUUUGGUACUCCAAGAGCAAUCAUCAGUGAUGCUGGUUCACACUUUUGCAAUAGAGCCUUUGCGGGUCUACUGGAAAAGUAUAGUGUCAAGCAUAGGGUUGCAACCCCUUAUCAUCCUCAGACGAGUGGCCAGGUGGAUGUUUCUAAUAGGGAGAUUAAGAGUAUUUUGGCCAAGACGGUCAAUGGUAAUAGGACUGACUGGUCCCGGAAGCUUGAUGAUGCUCUUUGGGCUUAUCGAACUGUAUACAAGACUCUUAUUGGGACUUCCCUUUUCAGGCUGGUUUUUUGCAAGGAAUGUCAUUUGCCAGUCGAACUUAAGCAUAAGGCCAUGUGGGCACUGAAAAAGCUGAAUAUAGAUUGGAAAGAAGCAACUAAACUUCGGUUGUUUCAACUCAAUGAGAUGGAUGAGUUCCGGUACCAGGCCUAUGAGAGUCCAACUUUGUAUAAAGAAAGGAUGAAACACUAUCGCGACCAGCAUAUCCUAAAGCGGGACAUUUAG